CUUGAUUUCAAUUUCAAACUAACAAGAAGAUCAUCGAUCUCGAGUACAAAGCUUGUCAUCAUCGAUCUCGAGUACAAAGCUCUUUCAACUUGUCAUCAUCGUGUGGAAAAGAUCGGCAACAAAAGAGGGCCAGAGAAUCCUCUAGAUCUCUAAAAUUUGAAAGAAAUAGGCUCUUCACCAGCACUCGCCUAAAAAUUAGGUUUAAAGAGAGACUACAUUGUCACUGAACGCAGAAAAGCUCGUCUCUUUUUAGUGAUUACCUCUUCCUUGUUACAACUAUGGCGGACCUCCUGUGGACAAUAUAGUACUCUGAUCCAAACACAUACUUUUUGUCAUCUGAACGAAGCCAGCCUAAGCCUUUCUAUUCUACCAGAUUAGCAGACUACUGUGGGGUCAAUGGGAAAGAUCUUCGAUAUUAUUUAUUAAGUACGAAGGACCUAGAGCAGCUGGUACAGCAACAUCGCUUGCAUAGUGAUUUUUUUUCCACUUCAUGCAUAGUGGGUUAUUAAUUAGUUUGAAAAGGACUUUUCCCUCGUUCUUGAUCUGUUGAUUCUUGUGGAAAAGAUCGUAUUGCAAUUUUUUAUAUUAUUGUAGGACUAGCAGGAAAGCAGAACUUCUGAAUUAUAUUUGAUUAAAAACAAGUCCAAAAUCUUUUCGUAUUGACAUGAAAAAGAUGGCUUUGCCAAAUAAGACCACAUUGAGGUGUAAAAAAAUGGUCAUGCGACUUCUCGUGUUGCCGCUUCUUCUCGAUGGGGGUUGCGUUUUGGCAGCGUUUGUACCUCCAACUCGGGGUCGGACGGGAGGGCAGCCCGCCCAAGAAGAGCCUGGUGAACAAGAUGAAAGCUUGUGGUCCCAGCGUGUCUCCCGUAAGGCUGAAGCACUGCGAAAGAGGCGCAAGCGUUUGGAAGUGAGAUGCGCCGGUGACCGACGGUUCCCUUCACCGUUGCGGCGCUUCGUCGCGAACGCCUUGCUGUCCAUGAUCUCCUUCGACGAUUUUUGGUAUGACUACGCGCUUUACUUUGCUCCGACCCGUUUGCUGAAAGGGGUCCCAUGGAAGGAGUGCUACGCUGGCCGCUUUCACAAGGUAGUGGAGCAUGAAUUCCCGGAAUGGGAUGGCUUACGGCUUACCAUAAUUCAUCUCAAGAGGCAUCUUUGACCCCCUUUUAAAGUGAAAAACACGCCAAAGAUGCUGUUCAGGAUGAAUAUCGGUAUGGUCUAAGUCCUUUAGUCAAAGGGUUGAGCGUUCAGGAACUGUCCAACGUCGCACUGAAGCACGUCCUCGGAAUUCUCGGAGACGUUGCUUUGUCCUGGGAACUCCCUUUUCGCGCUGCCGAUUUCGUCAUGCCCCCGGACGCGCUUGGGCGGGCUUCGGGAGAUUCGAGUGCUGGAGGAUUCUUCGAACGAGUGUUGCAACGCUAUUUUUUAGAUGAUCAUGAUGAUUCAACAUCAACUGAAGAUGAAGCCCAAGCCCGGCAUUCAUCAUCUUUUGUUGGGAGCGGAGGUCGUGGGUCGUGGUUGACAAGUGCCAUUUCCUUUGGCCACAACAUGUCUCGAGAAUUUCGAGCUGCCGUGGUGGGUGCGGACGCGGAGCAAAUGGGAGAGGCGUUGGACCGCGUGCAGAUGGUGAUGCGGCGCGAGGUGAUGGCCAUGAAGAUGUCAGCCAUUGGCAGCGGCGGGGGCAUUCUGCAUUUGCUGCAGGACGUCGGGAAGAGCGACGCGCCCGAGAAGUUGAGGAGCGUGAUCCUUGCUUUUUUCGCCAACUACAUAGAGGACGCUGGGGAGCUCCUCAAAAUGCGCAUGCUCGCAGCGUACUUGUCAGCUCCUGUGAUGGACGCUUCGUCCGGCGCUUCGUUGACAAGCCACGCGGCUCUCUUGGCGGAGGUACGCGCUGCCGCUGCAGCUCUUAUGGAAGCGGGACCUAUUGCUCAGAAAUUUCUGCAAAUGGGUGCUGAAAGCGUUGAAAGCGAUAAUCUUCGGGAAUUGUCGCAACAGAUGCUCGUAGCUGUGAGACCCAUGACUUUGAGGGACACGUGGGCACAGCUUCAGCCGCUGGAAAAUUUUCGCCUUUUGCGUCCGCUCUCGCACUCGAGUACUACACCACUGCAACACCAGGAACAGGCGGGUGACGAUGAUGAUGAUGAUGUUGAUGAAGGUACUUGAUUGAAUAGGCUGGAAGACGAACAAGCGUUCCUGAAGAGAUGUUAUUUUGUUUUUGUUUCUGGCCUAGCAGACAGCUCCACUUACUCUAUAUCUUGAAGUAAGCAAGGAAAUUCAAGGAUGGUGCUAAGUUACAGCAACACUUUUAGAUCACUGUACUCCGUUACUUCAGUUUUUCGAUCGAUUACUCUUUCACUACUUUCAGGUUCUGACGGGGUUUACGAAGAAUUCUUAGUUCGAGUGGAGAUGAAGCAAAUAGGGUCUUCUGCUACCACGACCACUUCUAGUACGAAUGAAGAUGAUGUGACGACGAGCAUGGUCCUGUAUCGUAGUCUUGACCCGCGUAGCAGUGAGACACAAGGGAUGCUUAUCCGCACGGCUGUGGGAUGGUUCGAUCAACGUGUUGUCGAUAGUAAAGAGAUCAUAGACGCGGAGUAUGCUGGUGUUGGACUCUUGUUCGAGGUGACGGAACGGAGUGUGAGUGAUGUCUGGGGCAAUUUACCGAUGGAUGAUCUUUCCAGCAGAGAUCUUGUUGGUGUGAGCUUUUUUGUGUCGAGCCACGCGAACGCAGCAGCCACCAUGGGACAGGGCCAUCUUGCGCACGAGAUUUUUCCCAACGAUAUUUUUCCAAGAAUUCCUCCUGGGCAGGAGGGCCACGGUCCUGUUCCUCUUUCUGAAGAACCACGACACCAACAUCAAGACCGUCCUGAGGAUGGCAUGGAAGGAGCAGGAAGGACCACAGCGACAGAAGUGCCGCCACAUCGCCGAGUGUGGUUGAAGGUGCAGCGGCGCUUCCUGCAGGAAAAGUAUGACGACGAAAUGCGCCGGUUGCGGCCACUCAUGGACCAAGAGGAGUGCUCCCAUAUGAUCGAGAAUAUGCUCGUGGCGGGUGUCAGCGAGGAACUCUCAUUGGAAAACGAGAUGCAGAACACGCUGAAAGGGUGGAAAUGGUAUCACGGACAGCAGGGCUUUGACCGUGUAACCGCGAUCAAGCCGAUAGCCCUUUUUGGAAAGGCCGCGUUCGCGACUACGGUCGCUCCUGGUGAACCAUUCUCAGCGUGGCUCAGCGCAGCGGACAGCUUUGCGGAUUUCAAAGUGGCGCGAAUCGCGGAUGUGCUAAAGGCCUUCCCCGUCGGAACAGACCCAGACGUGGAGAGCAGCACCGCGCCUGUCCUUCGUCACGCAUCGGGACCGAGCUACGCUGCGUGGACGCUUGGUCGUCGGAACGAUGUUGAGAGGGACGGUCUCAUCUACGAGGCCUAUGGGAAAGAGGUUUGCGCCGCUGCAAGAGGUCUACACGAUCUCGUGCGGCUGUGGGCCACACACGCGCUGACCGUUCCUGGUAAAAGCUUUUUUCAUGCUGAUAUGCACGCAGGAAAUGUCAUGCUGUCCUUUCGAAGUUCUUCUAGAGACGAGGUGGAAGCAUUAAUGACACUAAUCGAUUUCGGGAGUGUCUACGACAAGGAUAAGAGUAUCUUAGAGGCCUUCGUCAUUUUCGUGGUAGCAACGUUAACUCGUGACACAAAGCUAAUGCUUGAGCUUUUUCCUGUGAAAAGGCGACAGCGCCCUUCCGAACAAGUGGAUCAUGAUCAUGAGCAAGAGGGACAGCUGCGGAGUGAAUUGCGUGCCACGAAGAUCGAAAGAGAAUUUACAGAGGCUCUCAAGGAGCGCUUCAACCAUGGUAGCUUUGGAGCAGCUGCUGGGAGUGGAGCUGCAGGACUCAGCUCUGACGUCCUUGGAAGUGAACUGGUGCAGCGGGUGGUGCAGCCAGUGUUGCAAGCAAUCCUGUCACCUGUCGCGACACUGCAGCGUGCGGGUAUUUCCGGAGUCAAAUUUCUUAUGGCUUUUCACAAGAUUGCCCGCUUUCUACGAGAGUUUGCAACGGAGUUCAAUAUCGCGAGAGGACUACAACAACAGCAACAGGGAAAUGAGAAUGACGCAUCCUUGUUAAAUAACGCCGCUGUGCGUGCCGCAGCUGCUUCGGUUGUCGGCCCAAGAGACCUGCUUCACUUGAAACGGCAGGUCGCGGAAUACUUUCGCCGGGCGAUGCUGGAGACGUUGAGCGUUGUGCAGAAGUACGUGGAUGACCUCGAGGUGCCACUGGGUCUUUUCCGUUUCAUGAAGGGCUUUCACCUGGUGGACGGCCUCUUCACUGCCUUCAUUCGAUCGAAGGACAGGGUGGACGCUGCGCAACAGUUUGGCUGCAUGUCCUGGAUUCAGCCUUCGCUCGCGCACUUCAUCGACGUCGUCCUGGAGAGAAUUGCGCAGCCCAUCUUUGAGCGAAUGCAAGCGAAAGUUGCGGAUACGACUCGAAAAGCCAAACGUGCGGCGACUGAAGUUGUAAAUGCUCUCCAACAGGGUACCAGUGCGGCGGUCACCGCGUUUGCCGAAGCUGCUGAGAGCGUCCUGGCAGACCCACUGCCGGACGUUCCAGACAUAUCGUACGAAGAUCUGUGGACGCAUUAUCAGCGAUUCUAGAAGGAGCACCAGAAGAUUAUAAUUGACCGAGCUUUAAUAAUCUCUUGUGCCUUAUGUUUACAACGAUUUCUAACAGUGAUGCGUGCCUCGGUCUCGGACAAUGAAUGUUGAGACCUAUCCACGCUAAUCUCCUAGAAUGAAUAGACCAAGGUGACGAAUCUGCCUCUGCGAUAUUCAAAUUACUUAUGAAUGAUUAUACUUAGGGACUACGACUAUCUUCCUGCGCCAGCGCCGUUAUCACCCUCAUGAUGUUGGAAGAGUUAGUUGUAAAUGAAGAUGAGUGUUCUUUUUCGAUGAGGAUGAAGUAGGCAACAAAUUAUAUAUGAUGUCUAAGAUCUUCAUCUUUGGAACUGUGAAAGCAAUGAGAAGGUUGAUGUUAUAUAUAACCAAAUGAGUAGCAACUUCCAAAAAUGAUUAAAUGAAUUGCAUUUGCAUAGAAGCGCCAUGAAAGGUCAAGACGC